GUCUGUGAAAGAAGAACUCAAUUUCUCAGGGAAGAUGAGCCGGCCGUAUGACUCGAUGGACCCGAAGGUGAUGGACGAUGACAUGCUCAAGGCAGCUGUUGGGGAGCAAGGCCCCCAGGAGGAGGCUGGGCAGCUAGCCAAGCAGGAGGGCAUCCUCUUCAAAGAUGUCCUAUCCCUGCAGCUGGACUUCCAAAACAUCCUCCGCAUAGAUAACCUCUGGCAGUUUGAGAACCUGCAGAAGCUGCAGCUGAACAACAACAUCAUCGAGAGAAUCGAGGGCCUGGAAAACCUCACGCACCUGAUCUGGCUGGAUUUGUCCUUCAACAACAUUGAGGCCAUUGAGGGCCUGGAUACCCUGGUCAACCUGGAGGACCUCAGCUUGUCCAACAACCGGAUCUCCAAGAUGGACUCUCUAGAUGCCCUGGUGAAGCUGCAAGUGCUGUCACUGGGCAACAACCAGAUUAGCAACAUAAUGAAUGUCAUCUACCUGCGCCGGUUCCCAUGCCUGCGAACACUCAGCCUCUCUGGGAACCCCAUUGCCGAGGCAGAGGAGUACAAGAUGUUCAUCUAUGCCUAUCUUCCUGACCUCGUGUACCUGGACUUCCGGCGCAUUGAUGAGCAGAAAGAGAUGGCGAAGAUAAAGCAUCAGUAUAGCAUUGAUGAGCUGAAGCACCGGGAGGCACAGAUGCAGGCCCGGCUGGAGGCCGAGAAGGCCCAGCAGGAAAAGCUGGCGGAGCACAAGAUGGCGUUCAUCGACCACUUGGAUGGCUCCUUCCUGUUUGACAGCAUGUAUUCUGAGGAUGUGGAGGGCAACAAGCUGUCCUACCUGCCUGGUGUUGGUGAGCUCCUUGAGACCUACAAGGACAAAUUUGUCAUCAUCUGCCUGAACAUUUUCGAGUAUGGCCUAAAGCAGCAGGAGAAGAGAAAGGCAGAGUUAGACACUUUCAACGAGUGCAUACAGGAGGCCAUCCAGGAGAACCAGAACCAGGGCAAGCUCAAGGUUGCCAAGUUUGAGGAGAAGCAUCUGCUGAAUGUGAAUGCCAUCCGAGAAGAGAGUGAACUGCCCAACAUCGAGAAGAAGCUGAUAGAGUGCAGCGAUGACAUCACUGAGCUGUUCAACAUGCUCAUGACGCUGGAGAUGCAGCUGGUGGAGCAACUGGAGGAGACUAUAAACAUAUUUGAAAGAAACAUCACUGAUUUGGUGGGACUGUUUAUUGAAAACGUCCAAAGUCUAUUGGCUCAGUGCCGGGACUUGGAGAACCAUCACCACGAGAAGCUCCUGGAGAUCGCCAUCAACACCCUGGAGAAGAUCCUCAAGGGCGAGAUGGAUGAGGACUUGCCAGAUGAUGUGCGGGCGCUCUUUGUUGACAAAGACACAAUUGUUAAUGCUGUCGGGGCAUCGCAUGACAUUCACCUCCUGAAGAUUGACAAUCGAGAAGACGAGCUGGUGACUGGAAUCAAUUCUUGGUGUGCACAGCUAUUAGACAAGAUUCACAAAGAUGAGAUCAUGAGGAACCGCAAGCGCGUGAAGGAGAUCAAUCAAUACAUCGACCACAUGCAGAGCGAGCUGGACAACCUGGAAUGUGGUGACAUUAUAGACUAGGUGUCAGCCAGAGAUCCCGGGAUGGACCCAGCCCCUGAGAGUUAUGGGAAUUCCUUAGUCCACAC